AUACAAUCGAAUCAGGUGGUACAGUAACCUAGGCGACUUAUUUGAACGAGCGAGCACCUCCCACUUCUUCCAAAACUAGGCAAAACAAAUAAAACGUGACGACGAAGAGAAUAACAUGAGGACAUAUCAUACGAUAUCACAAGGUGCAACUUUAGUCGUCAUGAGAGUCACUAACAACAAGGAAUGAAGUAUAGUAAUGUAUAAUUGAUGACACAAAUCCUGCAACUGCCAGAUUUGGACUUAUCAUCAACCUCAUGUUACCGAUGUUUUGGAAUUGCUGAUUAAUGAAGUAAGGCAGAGAUUAAAAGAUGACUUCCCAUUUGAAGCUACAAGCCACAUGGCAUUGUAUCAUUGCUAGCCUCUUGGCACUGAUACUAGCUGCAGAGGUAGCAUCAUCAAAGACACCAGCAUCUGUACCAUUCCGGGAUGCAUCAUCGAUAAGAAGGGAGACCACCAUUAACACGGCUGCAAAAUUGAUUGACUUUAUGAAAUCAAACAGACCACAAAAUAGCAACAGUGUGCACUUGAGCAACGCAGAAGUGGAUGUUAUACGACAGAGAAUAAGAUCUUCUGAUGUUUUGGAUGACUUGAGAAAGCUUAGCAAGACGUGGCAACGAAAGUCUGCCGUAAGAAGCACCCAAGUUCCGGGCUGGCCGUGGCCUGUUGAUCCUGAUGUCUACUAUAACAUGAGUGGUUUGAUCUGGAGUAAAGGUUACCCUGUGGAGGAGUAUACUGUCCAGACAGAGGAUGGAUAUCUCCUAGGAUUGUUCCGUAUCCCCCAUGGCAGACAAAACAACUCCAAAAAUACAGGCAGCAAACCAGUCGUCUUCCUUCAGCAUGGCCUGUUGGCCGCUUCCACCUGCUGGGUCGAGAAUUCAGCCAGUGAGAGCCUUGGUUUCAUCCUGGCUGAUGCAGGCUAUGAUGUAUGGAUGGGUAACAUGAGGGGAAACACCUACUCUAGAAGGCAUGCAUGGCUGGAUCCCAAUGAACAGCUCUACUGGCAGUUCAGCUGGGACCAAAUGGCAAAAUAUGACAUCCCUGCCCUAUUGAACUUUGCCCUCCAGAUGUCAGGUCAAUCCACGCUGGACUACGUGGGUCACUCGCAGGGCACUCUGGUGGCCUUUACCGGCUUCACCCUUGACCUUAACCUAGCCAAGAAGGUCAAGCACUUCUUCGCGUUGGGCCCUGUUUAUACCGUCCAGGAUAUCGACAUCACCUUGAAGGAUAUCGUUACCUCGGAGCUUGUGAAGCUGCUAGCUGAUGUACUGUCACUAGCUGGCAUCGAUGAGUUCCUGCCCAACGACUACCUCCUCAAUCACAUUGGAGCCCAAACAGUGUGUGCCUUGCCUGAAACGCGGUUCAUCUGCGAGGAUGUCAUGAUGUACCUAGGUGGCUUCAGCGAGCAUCACCUGAAUGCAUCCAGGCUGCAGGUCUAUGUCUCCAACGAACCCGCUGGAACGUCGCUACAGAACAUGGAGCACUUCCUCCAGAUGGUGAUAUCUGGAAAAUGUCAAAUGUAUGAUUAUGGAUUGAUUGGAAACUUAGUUAAAUACAAUCAGACCACACCCCCAGAGUACCACGUGGGGAACCUCGCCGUGCCUGUCGCCCUCUUCUGGGGGGACAACGACUUCCUAGCCGACCCCCAGGACGUGGAGAGGCUCAUACCCCAGAUACCCCAUCUCAUUUACAACAAGGAGAUCAAGAACUUUGAGCAUCUGGACUUCAUCUGGGCGAUGGAUGCAAAUAAGAUCGUAUACAACGAUAUCCUUCUCAUCAUGAAUGGCAAAAUACCUCCUCAUUAAAGGCUCGUUCAGAUAUGACCCUGCAAAACCGCAUGUUUCUUUUUCAUGAUGACGUAAAGUGUAACUUUCCAUUUCUGUAUCUUAUUACGCAGAGUUCAGUGUCCUUUUCUUUGGCGCAGUUGCCAUUUCAUUUCAUUUACACGCAAAAAAACCCAGCGGCAUCCUUUUUUUUUGGUGGCGGUUUACCUGUCAUAUCUGAACAAGCUUUUAGGGGUUUUCCCUUUACCAUUAGCAGCGCUUAUUUGGCUCCAACAAUAAUGCCAAGCAGUUUUUUUGAGGUGUUAUUCUGCAUCUUGAAGGAACAGACCCAAAGAGAAGAGUAAUCUUCAAUUUCUUUUCUGUGUUUGAGAUUCCAUAUGGGUACCCUGAAUUCUGAUUAUUAAAGAUUAUGCUUCUGUAAUGCUCCUCUAGAAAGAUAAUGCAAGUUGCAGUAUUGCACAAACCAAAUUUGCACAAAAUUGCAGAAAGGUAAAAGUGUCUUGACAUUAGUCAAGUUAACUCGCCUACAAUUGGGUGGCCUAAAUAUAUGCAAAUUAUUUAUGAUAUAUAUAUAUAUAUAUGAUAUAUAAUCUUUAAUAUAUAUAAUCAUAAUUGUUGGCCUGCAUGCACAACUUUCCUGUAUCGUAUGUUAUUGCAAAAUUUUUGUUUGAAUCUCUCAGGGAGUUUUUUUUUGUUCUCUCUAUGAUUUUAUGUCUUCCAAAGAUAUAUCUAUUUUCUGUGUUUGAUUUGUCCUUUAAUAGGGGGUCCACACGGAGAUGAAUUGUCGAAAUGUACCUUUUCAUUGAUAAUCAUGGGGUUUGUUAAGAAGUGUUUUCUGAUCUCAUCUCACAACAAGUUCGUAAUGAGAAGAUAAUGGUAUUUUUUUUCACUUUCUUCUUGGAAUGACUUUAUGUUUGUUUAUAUUAUUAAUAAAAUUUGUGAUAUGAGUAGUUUCUUGUAAAAUGCUGUUGACGACGCCACUGUGUACAUGAUUCGUGUACAUUUUAAAUGUUUUGUCAUAUCCUGCCUAUCAAUUCUGUAUUUCAAGCCAUUUUUUUAGUUCUGGUCAUGGAAUUGCAUUUUUGCAAAAAACUGGCUUAAAAGUAGUUCUGAAUCAUGCAUCGCAAUUGGUUGGUUGGACUAACCACUAAUGGUGCAGACACACUAACAAAGGUCUGCAUUAAUCAUGUGGUUUACUGCUCGACGUGGGGUCAAGAUGACUAGCUCAAUUGUCUUAUCUUUCUUUGUUCUAAAAAAAAGGAAAAAUAAAAAGAUGCCUUUCUUCAACUAUGCUAAAAUGUAUAAUUCGAUCACUGCAAUUUCAUGCAAUAAUUAUGCCAAAAAAGUUAAGAAUUGCUGUUUGAGAAUGAAUAUAAAAACACAACAAAGAGAGCACCAAUCUUUUAACCUGCCCCCAUUUAUGCACAAUCUGCUGUAAAUUACAGGGUGAUAUUUGCUGCCAAUCUUGUUUUUUGCUGCUUCGGUAAAAUUUGAGCUACAGUGAGCUGCAGACAAUCUGCAAGUACAGUGUAUUACAAUAUUCUGUGAUUAUGGCAUUGUGCAGGUUAACACAAAUAAUUCAAAUGUAAACAUUCCUUAUAUUGACUAAUAAUAUCUGUGGUUUAUCACUUUUAAGUCUACUGCGUUUAGCACCAUAUGUGUCUUUGGAAUGGACUAUCCCAGAUUUGAAA